GGGGAUCAUUGUAUUUUUAGGCUAUAGUAGGACUCAUACUAGUAAAAGUGAGAAGAAGGAUGUGUUUUUGGUAGAUUUUCUAAUUCAGUAAACCAAUUCUGUUCGUUAAUCAAAAUGACGGACGCAGGCUUUUUUCGUGGUACAAGUGCUGAGCAGGACAAUCGGUUCAGCAACAAACAGAAGAAAUUAUUAAGGCAAUUAAAGUUCCAUGAAAUCUUAGAAAAAAAGGUGGACAUGGGAAAAGUGAACUUAGAUAUCAUUAAACCAUGGAUCACUAAAAAAAUCACCAGCUUGCUUGGUAUAGAAGAUGAUGUGAUUAUAGAUUUUAUCUUCAAUCAACUUGACGGCGAGAAGUAUCCAGAUGCUAAAACUAUGCAGAUCAACCUGACUGGAUUUCUGAAUGGAAAAAAUGCUCGUGAGUUUAUGGGGGAGUUGUGGACACUUCUCUUGAGUGCUGAAGAAAACAUUGGUGGUAUUCCAGCUGAAUUCCUAGAGCAAAAGAAAGAAGAGAUUAAGAAAAGACAGGAGGAGCAGGAAAGGAUUCAAGCCAAUAUAAAAAAGAUAGAUGAAAAAGAAAAGAGCAGAAAGAAUGCUGGAGAUAUAAAUGGACAAACUAAAGUUAAAAAAGAAAGAAGUUCUGACAGAUCAGAUAGGGAUAGCCCUAAACCAUCAUCAAAAGAUAAGGAGUCAAAACCUGAGAAAAAACGACGUUCGUCUUCUGCCGACAGCCAUGAUGAUAAAGAUACAAAGCCAAAAAAUGCCACACGAGGCCGAUCUCGUUCAUCAUCUCCACAAGCGAGGAGACGAAGAGAAAGGUCACAUAGUCAUUCCUCACGGCAUCGAUCAAAAUCACCUAAACAUAGAUCACGAACCCCAAGAAAGAGAACAUCCCCAAGUCCAAGAAAAAGAACAUCCCCAAGUCCAAGAAAGAGAACAUCCCCAAGUCCAAGAAAGAGAACAUCCCCAAGUCCAAGAAGAGAACAUCCCCAAGUCCAAGAAGAAGAACAUCCCCAAGUCCAAGAAGAAGAACAUCCCCAAGUCCAAGAAGAGAACAUCCCCAAGUCCAAGAAGAGAACAUCCCCAAGUCCAAGAAGGAGAACAUCCCCAAGUCUAAGAAGACGAUCACCACCAAGCCCUAGAAGAAGAACACCACCACCACCAAGUCCAAGAAGAAGAUCACCAACCAAGUCCAAGAAGAAGAUCACCAAGUCCGAGGAAGAGGUCACCACCAAGGAGAUCUCCAAUUAGACGCAGAAGCCCUCCUCGGAGGCCUACACCACCCCCACUCACCCGUAAGGAGUCUCCUCCUGCUAG